AUGGCCAUUGCUGCACCGAUAAUGGAUUGUUCAAUAAUUGUGGGCUCUGCAGAGGCUUGGUCAGAGAACCACAACAAUAUAAAGCCUAGCAACAUACUUCUUGAUGAUGAUUUGGUUGGUCAUGUGGCUGAUUUUGGCAAUGCAAAAGUUCUAAGUGGAACAGAGUCAAUGAUACAAACCAUUACACUAGCCACUAUUGGAUAUAUGGCACCAGAGUAUGGACAAGAAGGAAUUGUUUCCGCAAAAGGCGAUGCGUAUAGUUAUGGUAUUGUCCUUAUGGAAACUUUCACGAAAAAGAAGCCUACUGAUAAGAUGUUUGAUGGAGAUUUGAGCUUGAUGAGAUGGGUGAAAGAGUUGCUUCCUUGUGAUGUUACUCAAGUCGUGGACACUAAUUUGCUAAAAGAAAACUUUUCUGCUGUGAAGGAUUGUUUUUCAUCAAUAAUGGAAUUGGCCUUGAAUUGUACUGCAGAGUUACCUGAAGAAAGAAAACUUAUGAAAGAUGUUCUAGGUGCACUUUGCAAGAUCAAAAUGAAGUUCUUGAAGGCCAUAGAAUCCAUGGCCAACAAUGAUCAACGAUCAACGUCCAGAUCAGCACCUUCCAUUGUUCCAAUCGAUGACAGCUCUGAUGACUUUGAUUAG